GUCAUAUUAGCUCAACACUGACGGGGAUGAACUGUUCAUUUAAUCGUGUGCCUCAGUUUAAGGUUCGUAGUGAUCCUCGCGUGCCUGCAGCCUGGUCUAUUAAUGGCGUGUCCGUUCAGUCACACAGCGGAUCUGAACCCAGUCCUCCUCCCUCUCGACUGGCUGCUGGGUACCUGGGAGUCGGAUGAACCUGGAGAGGGCUGUUUUACGACCAUAAAACCGUUCCGCUACACCGAGACCCUGACAUUCAGCCAUGUGGGACAACCGGUCAUCAACUUCACGUUCAAUGCCUUCCACGCAGAGACAAAGAAGCCUCUGCACAGGGAGUGUGGCUUCAUUCGAAUGCAGCCGGGAACCAACAGAGUGGCGUUCAUGAUCGCACAGAACUCGGGUCUGGUGGAGAUUGAGGAGGGAGAGCUGACGGCGCAGCAGCUGAACCUGCAGAGCCAAGCGCUGGCCAGAGUCUCUUUUGCCCGAGAGCCACAUGUACAAAAGGUCUCUCGAGUGAUUCAGCUCCGACCAGAUGGGAGGCUGGAGCAAACAGUUUCCAUGGCGACAGACAACCAACCACUGAUGCAGCACUUGCACAUCACCUACCGUCGGCAGACUUCCUUUACUUAGACGUACUUUGGUCAGGAAAGAUAAACGUUGCCCAAAUAAGGGGACUUGAUCAAUAAUCAGGGUUUAGUCACAUAAUCAUAUAAACAGUUUGCGUUAAUACAAUACAUGCAGUAAUAAGUGGGUGUUUAAGGCACUACAGAUGUAGAGUUGAUGUUUACAUUCAGCUUUACGCUUCAAAACGUGACUGUUCACAUCCAUGUUUACAGUCUUCUUCUCUGCCUUUGCUAACAUAUUUCUUUAUAUCUUGGCAUUUUACCACCACCUGUAAGUGAAACUACUACUAGAGCUCUAACACUUUUGUGAACCUUUUUAAUCUAAAAUUAAAAAUGUCAUAUUACACUGAAGGGCCUUGCUUUAGUGUGGACGCUCGCCUCAUCUUGAUAUGUAUUGUCUGGAUAUUUAUUAUUGGAGCUGUGAAGCUUAUAAAGCACAGAUGAAUUAUUGAGUAGUGUCCUCUUUCAUUGCACCAUGUUCAGAUUGAAAGCUUAACUGCUCUCCUACUGGAGUCAAUGAACAUUGAGUGUAAAAGUCAGAGUUUGGUGUUAAAACUUUUUCCUCAUGUGUCUCAACAUGAUGUCCAAUAUUCUUUCUUUCAGUAGAGGGGUUCAUAUUAAUGUAGAUGUACUUAUACAGGCUGCAAUAAGAGAAAUAAAGUUUUUUGACUGUC